AAAUAGUAAGUAUACAUUAUAACUUUUGAACAUGGUUGAUGUAUUUCUUAAUAAAUAUUUGGAAACUCAAUUGGCCCUCACAAAACAAAAACAAGAAGAGAAACAAACCGCUGAGAACUCAGUGUCCCUGAAAAGCAAGAAAGCAGCCGAUCGAAUUUCAAAAAUACAAGACAAAAAUUAUCAGAAAAAGGAAAUUAGUGAAAAGUUUGAUAGUAAAUAUCAACCUGGCGCCUCCGCAGACAAACACGAGGAAGAUGAAGAAUAUUUACCAUCUUGUGAUGAAGAUGAAGACAUUCCUUGCCCAUCCUUAGCUGCACCAUCACGCACCAAACAAAAUAACCUCAAGAAAAUAGUUGACGAUGGAGAUACAAAUCUGUACAACGAAAGAGUAGAAACUUGGAGAAACAGCCUUAAAACAGCGUCUUCAGGAAAUUAUGACGGAGUUUAUAGCUCUGCAGACAUACAGUAUGUUCUAGAUGGUAACAAAGAUCCUGAAGCAAAACAUGAAUUGCAAAAUGGAUUGUGUGUUCCAAAUUAUAUAUGGAAGCAGUUGUAUAAAUAUCAAAGGAUAGGAGUUAAGUGGUUAUGGGAGCUGCAUCAGGUGCAAUCUGGAGGGUUACUCGGGGAUGAAAUGGGAUUAGGUAAAACAGUUCAAUUUAUUGCUUUCCUGGCUGGUUUAUGUGGGACUGAUAAAGGAUCUUGGGGUGGUCUCGGACCCUCAAUAAUAGUAGCACCUGCAACAGUUAUUUACCAGUGGGUUUCUCAUUUCCAUUUCUGGUGCCCGCAGCUGAGAGUUGCUGUCCUACACCACUCCGGGUCUCAUGGUGGAAAUCAUAAUAAACUGAUAAGAGAUCUACAUUUAUCUCAUGGUAUUUUAUUGAUCACAUAUGCUGGCAUUGUUAAGUAUAUUAAUGAUUUGCUGUCCCGGAAGUGGCAUUAUAUUAUUUUAGAUGAGGGUCAUAAAAUUAGGAACCCUGACACUCAAGUUAGCAAGCUGGUUAAAAAGUUUGAUACACCUCACAAGAUUAUUAUAACUGGGUCCCCUAUGCAGAAUAGCUUGCAGGAACUUUGGUCGCUCUUUGACUUCAUGAGGCCAGGUCUACUGGGCACCUAUGCUGCUUUCAUGGAACAUUUUGCUGUUCCCAUAACUCAAGGAGGGUAUGCAAAUGCUACUGAGUACCAAGAAGCGAUCGCUCUAGAAAUUGCUAAAGCUCUCAAAGAUAUGAUCACACCUUACAUGUUGAGGAGAACAAAAGCUGAAGUCCAGGAGCAUAUUCAUUUGCCUGAAAAAAAUGAACAAGUUCUAUUUUGUGCCCUUUCUAAAGAACAAAGAGACUUGUACAUGGGGUAUCUCACGAGUGGAACAGUCCGAAGUAUUUUAGACAGAGACUCAAAAUAUGGAGAUCCAUUAAGAGCUAGAGUUUUAGUUGCCUUGUCCACGCUUAGGAAACUAUGUAAUCAUCCUGAUCUGUACUUGUAUGAAGCACAAGAAGAAAAUGAACAAAUAGACGAGGAAACAUUCGGUCACUGGAGGAGAUCUGGGAAAAUGUCUGUGGUUCAUUCUCUGCUAAAAAUUUGGCUCAAGCAGGGUCACAGGACUCUUAUUUUUUCACAAUCUCGAGCAAUGCUCUGCAUAUUGGAGCAGCAUUUACUAAAACAUGAAUUUAAAUAUUUAAAAAUGGAUGGUACUGUAAGUGUGAGUCUGAGGCAGAACUUGAUUAAAACAUUUAACGAAAAUCCUGAAUAUUUAGUUUUUCUUGCUACUACGAGAGUUGGUGGACUUGGUGUGAAUUUGACAGGGGCUGACAGAGUUAUCAUAUAUGAUCCAGAUUGGAACCCAGCCACUGACAAUCAAGCCAAAGAGAGAGCCUGGAGAAUUGGCCAGAAUAGAAAUGUUACAGUUUAUAGAUUGCUAUCAGCGGGCACGAUUGAAGAAAAAAUAUAUCAGAGACAGAUCUUUAAAAAUUUCUUAAGUAACAAAAUAUUGAUAGAUCCUAAUCAGAAGAAUGUGUUAACAACCAGCACUCUGCAGGGCUUGUUCACUCUAGAAGACUUAAAUGGUGAAGGUGAUACAGAGACAGCUGCUUUAUUUAAACAUACAAAGGUAGAUCUCGCUGAGCAAUCUAAGAUAAAAAGUAAAAAUAAGAUUACUAAAAGUAUCUCAUAUUCUAAAAGGAAAAUAGAAGAAAUGAAAAAAAGAGCUAAGGAAAUCAGUAAAAAAUUUAAAACAGAAUUACAAACAGUGACACAAGAAGAUCCUCGUGAGAAAUAUAAGAAAAAAAGAGAAUCAAUACUUAAUCCACCGAUAGUUGAAGAACCACAAGUAAAUAUAAUUGAUGAUAAAGUUACAGAUGUUCCAUUUCAGAAUGUGCUCUCUGAAUUAGACAUUAUUAGUAAGCAUACAAAAGUAAAUUAUGAACAAAAAUUACUUAAAGAGGUACUAAGUAGUCAAGAGAAAGUUGAAGAAGUAAAGGAUUUACUGCCUGAAGAUGGAGAAAUAGUUACUGAUGAAAAACAGGAUGAUUUGGAGACAGCACAGCCCAGUUCUUCAAUAGCAGAUGAUGACAAAAUCCUCACCAAGGCAAGAAAAAGAAAGAACUCAUCAUUACUUUCAGAAUUAGAAAAUGUGGUGUCUAUUAAAAAAGUAAAAAAGAAGAAGGAUAAAAUGGAUAAGGAACAGAGUCUCAACGAUGAUGAUUAUGUUCUAAGCAAGCUUUUUGCCAAAUCAACUGUUAAGAAUGCCUUACAUCACGAUGUAGUCGUGGGAUUAGCAGAGAAGGAGAAAAGGCACAGGAUGAAAGAGGAAGCAAUUAGAACAGCUAAAAAAGCUGUAAAAGCAAUAAAGUUUUCUUCUUAAUAAAUAUUUGUAAUACAA